AUGCCUCAGAAAAGGUCCUCCUCCAUUAGAGAAAGUAUUAUUCUGAAGUACCAGGAGAUCCGUGAUGCUUUGGACGAGGACUUGAGGACAACGUUGUGUCAUUUGGAGAUGGAGGAGCGGGCGGCUGUCUCUGCUCUGGACGGCUUCAUGGAGAAAAACUGCUCUCUGAUCCAGGAGAUAGAGCAGGAGCUGGACAGACUCGCUCUGGCAAUGGACCAAAUACAGCUGCAGCCUGAGACCACGACUUUCUUCAGCCAUCUUGACCCGGAGGACAUAGAGGACAAACUUUUGGAGACCUUGACCCUCACAGACCCCAAUCGUGUGAAACUGGACCAGGCCAAAUCAGAACAAAUUCAGAACUUAACCCACAACCUGCUGCAGCUCAUCCAGUGUCAGACACCACUCAUCAAGAAGCUCCUGCGCAGCUACUCCACUGAGAUUCAUCUAAACCCAGACUCGGCCCAUCCCAGGCUCCAUGUCUCUCCUGGGGGUGUGAGCUGCAGUGAAGCCUGGCAGGACGUCCCGGACCACCCCACCCGCUUUGACUCCACCCUCUACGUCCUCAGCACCCAGGCCUUCAGCUCCGGACGCCACUACUUUGAACUGGACGUGAGCGAGAAACCCUACUGGGAACUGGGCGUCACUUACCCCACUAUCCCACGCAAAGGUCCCACUGAGUUGUGCUGGUUGGGGCGCGGCCAUGACUCCUGGUGUUUGGAGUAUUUUGAUGGUGAGUACACGGCGUGGCAUGGCGGGAUCCCACACCAGUUGCCCGUGCUGAGACGCUACUGUCGCAUUGGGGUGUUGUGCAGUUUCCCCGCGGGACAGGUCGUGUUUGUGGAGGCGGAGAAGAUGACGCCGUUGUUCUCCUUCUGUGUCGGGACGUUCACUCAAAGUCUGCAUCUGGCCCUCUGUCCCGGACACGACUGCAAAGGAACCAACACAAAGCCAAUAUUGAUCUGUAACGCAUCAUCUCCCACCAGUGAUCUAUGA